AUAGUACAGAUGAUCAAGAUACGGAUAAUGAUGAUAUUACAUUAGACGUAUUUUAUUGUAAAACAAUGAAACCAUUACAAUUUAGUACAUAUGAAAUAACAAAAGAAAAUAAUGAUAAUGGAAAAUUAGAAUUUUUAAUGAAAUUUCAUUAUGAAGAUAGUGUACGUGAUUCGUGUGCAAUUAAUUCUAUGCAACGAAUUAAACGUUUAGCACAAGAACAAAUUACUAUAUCAACAUCAUUACCAUUAUCCUAUAAUUCAACAAUAUUUGUGAGAACAGACGAAAAUAGGAUGGAUAUAAUGAAAGUGCUGAUGACCGGACCCGAUUCAACGCCAUAUGCUAAUGGAUGUUUUGUAUUUGAUGUCUAUUUUCCAAAUGAAUAUCCAUCGGUACCUCCUUCGAUCAAUCUUGAAACAACAGGAAAUCAUACCGUUCGAUUUAAUCCAAAUUUAUAUAAUGAUGGGAAAGUAUGUUUAAGUAUAUUGAAUACAUGGCACGGUAGACCAGAAGAAAAAUGGAAUGCAACCUCAACAUUUUUACAGGUGCUUGUGUCAAUUCAGUCACUUAUAUUCGUUCCUGAGCCAUAUUUCAAUGAACCGGGCUAUGAACGAACACGUGGUACACCAACGGGUAAUACACAAUCACUGGAAUAUGAUGCUAAUAUACGUCAAGCAACAGUCAGAUGGGCAAUGUUAGAACAGAUUCGAAAUCCUCCCGCUUGUUUUAAGGAUAUUAUUAAACUUGAAAUAAUGGAACAAUGUGAUAGUUGGAUACGUGAGUUAAGUGGUGAAAAUUCAAAUGAAAAACGUUUGAGUACAUCGAUUAAUCAACAUUGUGCAUCACUUAUUCGUCAUUCGAAUGAGUUGAAAAAAGAACUUAAUCGUCUUCAACCAGAUGAUUUAAAAAUAAAACCAAAAUUAGCUCAUUUAUUGAAAUACGAUUUAAAACAACAAGAACAACCAGUAACAUCGACUACAGAAACGAAUAAUAAUAAAAAUUUUACAUCUGUAAUAACCUGGAAACCAAAAACAUCAAAUACCGGUGUUGUUGCACCGGAAAAAACGAUGAACGAUGAACAUUCAGUCAUAAUCAAAGCUUUACCCAAUUUACAAUAUAAAAGUAAUUUAAAUGACAAACAAAACAGUGAUCAACAACAACAAGAUAAUGUUUCAAUAUCUACAUCAACAAUUGAUACACCAAUCCCAUCUCCAUUAUCGUCACAACAGACAUUAUCCGAAACUGAAACAACAACAACUUCGUCCUAUUUUCCAUUUGUUUAUUCAUUUGAAAAUGAUUCAUCAUCUGUUUCACCAUUACAAGAACAAACAAAUUCCACAUUAGCUCAACAUUUUGGCGAUGAUGAUAACUGGCAAGAUGAUGAGGACGAUUUCGAUGGACUGUAUGAAGACGAUACAAUGGACGAUGAUGACGGCGUGCUUGAUUGGUAUGCUUAG